CGGCGUGGGGGCUGAAGACAUAGCUCCGGCUCUGCGGCGCCAUCGUGAAUAGUAUGCUCCUAGUCUCCAAGAUAUAAACGCUACUCCCGCUCCGAAACCAGUAUAGAUCUCGUACCAUCGCUCUCGCAACUUAGAGCCGAAGGGAAUCCAUCUGGAUCUGAUUGAGGGUAUUCCCCGUGCCAUUCGGUUCCACGGCUGCGUUUCAGACACCAUGGGUGCAGCAGUUUCCGUUCCCGAGUGCCAGGCGCACUACAACAUCACCGUCAACUGCACUGCCAAGGGGCGCAAUGGAUCCGAGGAAAAAUCUACGCUGCCGCCUUUUACAAGAAUCGGUGACUACGACAAAGGAGGGUUCCCUGGCGAUCCAGACAUCGCAGGUAUUGGGAUACUCGGGGUCUUCGUCGCGAUCACAUCGUUCGCUGUCGCUGCUAGCACAGUAACCGCAAUUUCGCGAGCGGUUGCGCUUUAUCUCAAGAGAACAGAUGAUGAAGAGAAUACCACGGAAAGAUCAAGAAGCGGAGUGAGCUUCCCCGACAUACUUGAGCCUCUUAUCCUCGCCUGUAGCGAUCAGCAGGUGUUCACCGGAGCUGCCUACGCCCUCGUACUUCGGUACUGGCGAGGCUGUACGGUGUCGGCGUACCACUAUAACAUCAUCGGGAACAUGAUGUUGCUCACUUGCGCCACGCACCUCCUGUCGGUCACCAUCGUUCGGAACUACUGGAGGUUCCCCUGGCUGGCCUGCCUCCGCGUGCUAUGCAUAACGGGGGUGUUCAUGGUCACCGGCCUGCUCAUGACCAACCAGAACGCGGACUCGGCCCUGACGUUCCCCACGGCCAUCCCUCUCACGAAUGAGACAGACAGCUUGCUAUUCCUGCCCGCUGCGUGCUUCCAGAGCAGCCUAUCCACGGUGAGAGAUACCUUUAAGGAGACAACAGCCAACGCCAAAAGCUUCUUCAUAGAUGCUCUUGGCAGUUCGACGCCACAUAACAAGAUCCAAGGCUGGAAUCUCUACAUCAUCGCCUUGCUCUUCUACGGAGCGGCUAUCAUCGCAGAGGCGUUCAACUUCAUCCGACGUGGUAAAGGCAAGCGCAGCUGGAGGGGGAGAGCGUGUGAGUGGGUCAGUAGACUGUUUCGCCUUGGGACGCUGCGGAGAGGGAUUGCCAACGUGUUGUUCCUGGCGUACCUCGGCGCUGGGUUGGGGGUCGGCUACACUAUAGUUAUCGUCUCAGCAAGGUACAUAUUCAGCCUUCGAGCAUGGGUACACAGAUCGGGAUGGAUCCAACAGAGAGACGGGGUGAAUCCGGAAAAUGACGCAAAGAGCUUCGGCCAGCUGGUGCCCAUCUUCUCCAGCGCCUUGAUCGUUUUUACGUUCGCCCAGAUGAUAAGCGAAAAAUGCGCGCGGCCCCGAAGCCGCCACGCGCACUCGGACGCCUACCACCGACGCGGCAACGACGGCAGCAAGGGAGAUCGGCCGAACAUUUCGGGGGAGGCUAAGUCUAGUACGGAGGUCUCAAGCCUGCUCUAGGGGGCCAGUCCGAAGCACGUGCCCCCGACGCCGGGCCCGACUCUAAUGCUAUUACC